CUAGAUAUUAUGUCACCCUAAUUAUUAAUCAUUUUUAUAUUAUAUAAUGCUACACUUAUCUUCCUCUUCUCAUUCAUCAUUCACAACUUUGCUAGCUAACAAAUUCUUCACCGGAAAAAGUCGCCGUCGCCGGACAUACACCGGAGAAAAAAAAGGUCAUCAACAACAUAUUACUCAUCAAAUUGUUCUAACAAGUUCUUGAAGAUAUACAUAUAUAUAUAUAUAGUUAUAUAGUUAUAUAUAUCAAGAAUAUUGAAAAUGGCAACAAUCUACGAGAAUAAUAAUAAUCUUGCAACUGAGCUGAGAUUAGGGUUACCUGGUACAACAGAUAAAUCGAAGACGCAAUUAUCUUCGACUUGUACUAAUAAAAGAUCUUUAUCAGAGAUGGAUGACUCCUCAUCAUAUAUAAAUCAUCAUGAUCAACAAGACUCCUCCCCUGCACCAAAAGUACAAAUUGUUGGUUGGCCACCAGUUAGAUCUUACAGGAAGAAUGUUGUUGUCCAAGCCAAGAAUUCUGUUUUUGAUGUUUCCUUAGGGAUGUACGUGAAAGUUAGUAUGGAUGGAGCACCUUACCUAAGGAAAAUUGACCUUAGGGUUUACAAAAAUUAUGAAGAACUACUCAAAGCUUUGGAGAACAUGUUCAAACAUCCCAUUGGUGUAUACUUGGAAAAAGAAGGCUACAAUACCAGUGGAUCUGAUUAUGUAUUAACAUAUGAAGACAAGGAUGGUGAUUGGAUGCUUGUUGGAGAUGUACCAUUGGAUAUGUUUAUUAAUUCUUGUAAAAGGCUUAGAAUCAUGAAAGGGUCUGAAGCUAAAGGUUUGGGAUGCCUAUAGGGAUCUCAUAAAUUUAAGAUGGAUUUCAUGAGUUCAACUUUGUUUUCGAUUCGAUUUAUGUAUAUAUACACAAAUAAUAAAAUUAAAAUAUACAUAUGAUGAGAUUGUAUUCGUUC